CAUGUUUUUACUCGCAUCUGACUGAUGCAUAUUCACAUUAUUCUAUGAAUUCAGUUUCGAGAAGCUGAUACUGCAAUAGCAACAUGAGAAACCCAUGCCUCUUGCUCAGGCAGCCCCUACGCUUAACCGUCCCCUUCCCCUGUUAUGGCCUCCCUCACAGAGCCAGCCAGCCAUUUUUUCCCCAUCCAAUUUAUCGUGCAUCAUCUUUAACUAGCUACAGAGGAACAGUACCUGCCAAUGAAAUCCCUCGUGUCCUUUACGAACCCAUCGAAGAUGUGGAAAGGAUGGAGUAUUAUGAAGCUGGGGGCUAUCAUCCAGUCACAAUCGGGGACUGUUUCCACCAUCGCUAUCGGGUAGUUCAUAAACUUGGCCACGGAACGUACUCGACCAUUUGGCUGGCCCGCGAUGAAGUUUCCAAUAGAUAUGUUGCAUUGAAAAUCUGUACGGCGGAUUCGAAUCCCCUCGAAAACAGUGUGCUGUCUAGGCUGUCGCAACCCCAGAAAUCGCCACACAUAGACCGAGAUUUGAUCCCUACAAUCUCAGAAAUUAUUAACAUACAAGGCCCCAAUGGAAAACACACAUGUUUGCUUACCAGGCCAGCACGAACGAGUCUGUCGGAUGCAAAGAAUGGAUCAUGGAACAGUCUCUUUCAGCUUGAGGUAUCACGAGCGAUAGUAGCGCAGCUCAUAAUUGCUGUUCAGUACAUCCACUCCCAAGGUAUUGUCCAUGGAGACCUUCACCGUGGGAAUAUACUACUUCGGCUUUCCCGUGACUUUGACGAGCUGUCGACUGACAUGCUGUAUGAAAUUUAUGGAGAACCGGUACUCGAGCCAGUCAAUCGACUAGAUGGUCAAGGAAUUCCGCCAGAGGUGCCACAACAUGGUGUAGUACCUAUAUGGCUCGGAGCCGCAAGUGAGGAUGUGAUGCUCCUAGAAGCCAAGAUAUGUCUUUCAGACUUUGGCGAGGCAUUCUGUCCGAGGCAGGAACGGAAAUUCGAGUCUCAUACACCUCUGCUGGUCCGUCCCCCGGAGGCCCGGUUUGAGCCAUACCAACCUCUGACUUUCUCGUCUGAUAUCUGGACACUUGCCUGCACCAUUUGGGAUAUUAUGGGACAAAGAACACUAUUUGAAGGCCUCCUUACAAAUGAUGACGAUAUGACUAGCCAACAAGUUGACCUACUUGGCCCGCUGCCUUCCGAGUGGCUCACAAAACGGAGAGAAAUUCGAGUCAAUCGUAGUAAGUCGAAGAAUAGAUUCGAACAACACAUGCAGCAGUCGCGAAUACGCGAGGGAAUGUCACCUUUUGAAUCGAAAGAACGUGAUGCUUUCAUCUCGAUGUUACGCUCUAUGCUUCGCUUCAGGCCGGAAGAUCGCCCUUUUGCUCAACAGGUCCUUGAGUCGGAAUGGAUGGUAAAAUGGGAAUUGCCUGAAUAUGAGAAGAUUUGCAGUUCCAAUUAAGAGCGAACGGAUGGACUCAUUUUUACUAAAUGCCGUCUCGUUUGGCUGAAGUGAUGGACAUU